UUCUAUUCACAGCUACACUCCUUUUCUUCUCACCAAGUGUUUCGAGGCGUCGACACCUCACCACAUUGACGCUGGUGUCCCUGAAGCUUGGAGAGGUCAUCUGUGAGGGUUCACCGACCAACAUCGGAGGCAAGCGACCAUGUCGGCACUCAAGUUUGUGCGCUCUGUAUGGGAGUCCUUUCGGGCAACUUCUGGAGUUGAGCCACGACUGAUCGAUGCUGUAAGUUUCCUGUGCACUAGCUGUGCCGAACCAUGCCAUGAUCUGCCAAGAAGCAGCACAGUCUUGUCAUCAAGACUGGUAUGGGAUCUUCUGACGCCGGCCUGGUUAGAUGCGGAUAACGGCAGCCGAGCCUGGCAAAGUCAACUUCGAACUUCCCAUUGAAAAGCAUCACACGAACCGAUUGGGUAUACUACACGGUGCUACUCUAGCCACGAUGGUAGAUACGAGUGGCUCUCUAGCCCUUGCUUCUCGGGGCCUUUACUCGACUGGCGUCUCCACGGAUCUGAGCGUUACCUACCUCAACGCUGGCGGGAAGAUUGGCGAUCUGGUCAAAGGCGAAGUCAUUUGUGACAAGUUUGGAAAAACAAUGGCCUAUACCACGGUCAAAUUCAUGAACAGUAAGAAUCAAAUCGUGGCCCGAGGCAGUCAUACGAAGUUUGUCGCUCUUGCAUGGAAAGACGAGAAGAACAUCACGGACGAGCUGAAGCCAGCAGUCAAUGAAUCUCAAGCUAGCGAGGCUACGAGGUCGAGCUUUAGUGACCGAGGACAUGUUGUACGCGAAUAGACUGUACAUUAGAUGGGACUGUCUCGAGAACCACAAUAUAUCUAGCCUGCAGUGGCCUCACU